AUGGGUAAACAAAUCGUAGCGUCUCUUGAUGGGCUGAUAACGCGCAGGUCGGUUGUCGUUUGGUCCGUAUUUGUCCUUCAUUUUGCUCUGGCUGUUAAUCACCAGCAGCACCCAUCGACAGUAGCUUCAGUUGCAGCUGCACGACAACUUGAACCUCCAGAAACGCUUUGGUUGCAUAAGCUUUCAAAAUUUCUGCGGUUCCGAUCUGGGAACUCCGGUUGCGUAACAAACAUGGACGGGGGUGGGAUACCAACGGAGGAAGUCCUGGCCAUCUGGGAGAAACAAUACUCCCCUUCUGCGUGGAGCGUACGAUUUCCUACAGCGUCGGAAGUAAUUUCUUAUCAUGUGAAUUUCGUGUCCAACGAGAGUGAAAAGAACAGGGAACUUCUGGCAAAUCGAUUAAACGUCGAGUAUGGGAGUGGCGAUCGCGACAAAGUGGACAUUUACGGUGAAAAUCUACCAGACGAUGCGCCACUGUUCGUCUACAUUCACGGGGGAUAUUGGCAAAUGCUGGAAAAGGAAACUUCUGCGUAUCCUGCGAAACCACUUGUGGAUCGUGGCAUAAGGGUGAUGAUCGUGGGCUACGAGCUGUGCCCGGAUGUGACGCUGGAGGAGCUGGUACGACAGAUUAAGGUAGCUGGGGAAUUUGUGUUGAACUAUGCUACCGAAAACAACGUGAAGCAUGUUUCGAUUGCUGGUCACUCUGCAGGAGCUCACCUGAUCGCUAGUAUGCUAGAUGAAGAAUUUAAAAAUGCCGUUGGAGAGGAGUUAAAGCUGCUCAAGGAUGUGUACUUCAUUUCCGGCGUGUACAACGUGGAAGAACUGCGCUACACGAAGAGUGUCAACAGCAACAAUCUACUCGGGAUUAAUGAUAAUAAUGCAAGGCGAUUAUCGCCACUAUUCGCGAGCUUCGAUCAUCUCCGAUCGUCUGAUGAUAAUGGUUUGCGAUUCCAUGUGUACGUUGCGCAGCACGACAGUGACGUGUUCCGUGAAAUGGCGGCAAAGAUGAGCACGCACCUGUCGUCUUUUGGGUUGAACAGUAACGUGAAGAUUUUGCCAAAUCUGGACCACUUUGAUAUCGUAGAGAAUCUUUCCUCAGCCGAUUAUGAGAUUACAAAAGUCAUCCUUGAAGGGUUGGGGAUGAGCCUUAUUAAGUAGCACGUUGGAAAGCCUCUUGAGAUUUCGUUAAAACGGCCAAACAAUUUUAAUUAUGAGUACAAUGCUUACUUAGACUUGUUCUUCUUAUUGCUUUCCAUUAAAUGAGUUAACACAAUUUCACACAGUACGCGUUAGACAAAUUAUGUUGAAAAAUAUUUUCCGCCACAUGAAUUUUAUUCCGCAUGUCUCUAUGUACAUAGAAUACGCGCACAGAAACCUGGCUUCAGCCUCGUUCUCGUUACAUAAUAUUACAUUUGGAAAGCUUUUGUGUAUUUCAGUCACUGACAAAUAUCUGUCCGCAGAAGAGAACAAAACAUUUUGAUUGGACAUUUGAUGGAAGAAGGCAAACAACUUAGCAGAAAAUUUAAAACUUCAAAGCGAUAUUUGAUAUUCGA